AUGGAGUUCUUUCUGCCGGAGCUAUCCGUUGCUAUUCUCCGUUGGGAAAAGUUUAUGCCUUCAGAUGGCUCUUCGUGCCUUCGUGAUGACCUACUUGUGAAGAGUCAGAACGACCAUCAAUCAAAGAAAAUCUCUAAUGGAUCGGAAAUGUUUGGUGUUGGAUCAAGGCAUUUAGCCAAUAGAACGGUACAAGCAGUCGAGGCUGGUCCUAGGUUGCCUCGGUUUUGGAGGAUCUCUCCGAUGGAUGGAGAGGCAAUGUUGAUGCUGGUCUCAGGUGCGUCGUGGUUGGAGACGAAAUGA